AUGGCAGACCUCGACUAUACAUCACAUCUUCGCCUGAUUCGCGACUACUGGGGCGAGUUCCGGUCUGUGCACGGACGCAAGAGGCCUGACCGAAUCCCGCGUCCCGUCAUGCACACCCAACGCGCCUUCCUGGUUGCGAUCUGUCAUUAUCCCAACAAGAAGAUGACCUCGAAGCCCAUGUACCGACCGUUCAACUGGUUUUUCCUGUGCAACCAGGCGCUGAUGUUCACGGCCAUGGCCUGUGCUGUGCACGAGUCCACGAAUAUCAUCGACAUGGGUGACGACUUGGUGUGGAUCAUUGGGGUGGCUCUGAUCUGGACCAAAUCAUAUUUCGUUCAUGAGCACGCCAACGAUAUGGACGAGGUCAUAAGGGACUUUGCCUACUACGACGAAGUGGUCCGUCCGAGCCACGAUGACGAGAUUUUGGAAUGGCAGAGCUACGCGUACAUCAUAGAGUCUUACAUGAGCUUCGGUUUUUUUGCACUCUUGCAUAUGUUCAGCAUUGCCAUUUGCUUGCUGCCGCUGUUUGGCGAGGGCCGACUGCCGUACCACGUGCUCAUGCCCUUCGACUGGCAUCGGCACGACCUCCACCCGUGGGCGCACUGGGUGGUCUAUGUGUGGCUAAGCCUCAGCUCCCACCACAACUUGUUAACCAUUCUGAAUGUGGAGAUCGUAGGCUUCAGCACGGUCAUCCAGACAGCACUCAAUCUCAAGCUACUCGGCAUUGAGCUCCGAAAGUUGGGCGAUCUCAAGUCCCUUAGCGACGAUCAAUUCCACAUUGAGUUCCGUCGGGUGAUUCGCUACCACCAGCACAUCAUCAACUUGGUGGACAAGGCCAAUCGUGCGUUCUACGCCACGUUCAUUACCCAGAUGAUAGCCAGUUUUGCAAUGAUCUCGAUAACCACCUUCGAGACAAUGGUAGCCGCUGAAACUGAUCCCAGGAUGGCCUUGAAAUUCGUGAUCUUCACUAUGAUCGUGUUCAUGCAGUUGUCCGCUUGGUGCACGGCCGGAAGCUACGUUCACCAUUUGUCCACGGAGAUCGCUCAGGAGGCGUUCGCAAUCUCCGACUGGCACACCAAGUCUGUGCAAAUUCAGCGGGAUCUCGGCUUUAUCAUUCUACGCGCCCAGAAACCAUUAGUCUUUGUGGCCGAGCCGUGUAUGCCCUACACUCUGGGAACCUACAUGAUUGUGCUCAAGCAAUGCUAUAGACUACUCGCCGUGCUGCGCGAGUCCAUGUAG